GGUGGUGGCCUUAGGAGAAGUGCCUGAUGGGACGGUGGUGACCGUCAUGGCUGGAAACGAUGAGAACUACUCUGCAGAGCUGCGAAACGCUUCUGCCGUGAUGAAGAACCAGGUGGCCAGAUUUAAUGACUUACGAUUUGUGGGCAGAAGUGGAAGAGGGAAGAGCUUUACUUUGACAAUAACUGUCCUGACAAAUCCCCCCCAAGUCGCUACAUACCACAGAGCUAUAAAGGUUACAGUGGAUGGGCCAAGAGAGCCAAGAAGGCACAGACAGAAGCUUGAUGACUCUAAACCUAGUUUGUUCUCUGAGCGCCUCAGUGAUUUAGGGCGCAUUCCUCAUCCCAGUAUGAGAGUAGGGGUCCCGACCCAGAGCCCACGGCCCUCUCUGAACUCUGCACCAAGUCCUUUUAAUCCACAAGGACAGAGUCAGAUUACAGACCCCAGGCAGGCGCAGUCAUCCCCGCCAUGGUCCUAUGACCAGUCUUACCCAUCCUACUUGAGCCAGAUGACUUCACCGUCCAUUCACUCCACAACUCCCCUGUCCUCCACUCGAGGCACGGGACUUCCAGCCAUUACCGAUGUGCCCAGACGCCUCUCAGAUUCAGAUCCUUGCACUCCUGAUGCUCCACCUGCUGCCACUUCACCACCAACUUCUGAAGAGCCUGGACCUUUCACAGCUCCAGCAUCACCCUCCUGUUCCUCUGACACCGGCACUGCAUCAUUUUCACCACCGUUACCCGUGUGUGUUGCAGCCCUACAUCCAAAACCACCUCCUAUUUCACCAUCCACUUCUGCUGCCACUGUUCACUCUGGACUUCCUUCUCUCCCUGCCCCGCCUGCCUCUACUCCAUCCCUGCACUCUGGGAUUUAUCUGCCCGUUGUCCCACCCAGUGGUGCCACCCACCUCAUCAACUGGCUGCCCUUCCUCGCCUCAGCCACGCUUGCCACCAUCCAAGGCAAGGAGGAAGACCAGCCACCCAUAAGCACAGGCUCCCUGGAAGGCAUGAAGCCCUGCAGCAGCCCAGCCCCACACCCUUCCCAAGAGGAGAAUCCCCAGGCAGCAGCUCUGGGAAGCAGCGCUCCGGGGGCUGCGUCCCCACCACCAGCGGUGCCCGCGGGCUCCGAGGCGUCUGCGAACGUCAGUGACAUCCUGGCGGAGCUGCGGACCAUGAACAGCCACCUCUCCACCAUUGCCCGAGCCCUCACCCAGCUGGCAUCGUCCCUGGCACCCCAGCAGGAUGCUGGUGGCACCCCACCUCCUUAGUGCCAGGUUUCACAGGGAGUGGUGCUGCCCAGAGGAAAGGGACCCUCCCCAAAUCUGCCCACACCACUGGAGCAAGCUCGCUGCAGUCGCAGACGCCGACCACGUCUCCCCAGUGGGUUUUUCUGUCAGUUUGUUUGUUUGCCCCUUGUAAAUGGCUGCAUAUAUUAAAAAAUAGUUUUGUGGUCUUGUUAAUAAAAUUGUUUAUGUUUCUGGCGUUCCUUUUGGAUGCGCUCACUCCCCUCCUCUCACCCAUUAACCACACGAGCACUGGUAGGAGCUGGUGAGGUCUCACACACUGAAAAUGCUGGGAAUCUGAAGUGGUGAGAAGUUACCCACGAGAAAAUGCUCAAGGCGGUCACAAAACCACUCUGGGCAAUGUGGGGGGACACAGAAAGGAAAGGACACAAUGAAACUGAAAAAUUUCCAUGUUUAUCCUCAUCCAUGUUGAAUGGCACAGCUCUGUUGAAGUUGGAGCCCUUCCCAGUGCACUAAAUCUCAGGGGUAAUUGUAACUACCAGCACAGGUACAAGCCAUGAUAAAUUAUUCAGAAUAUAAAGCAGGGUAGUUGUCUAAGCAGCAGUGGGGCUGAACAGCUACCAGACAGCCUCAUCCACCUCCUGCCCUCCAAGAGAGAGAAAAGUGAAGGUGCUUAGCUCAAGUCAAUCUGUCUUAUUUGCCAGUGGUGCCCAGGGUUCUUCAAGGGCAUAAACAGACCAAGCUAAUUUACACCAAUCAGCAGGCACAUGUGGAUAAAUCCUACAUUUCACAAUCUUUCGCUAUUGCCAGGGUGCAGCAGCUUGCCUAAAAGUGGCAUUGGAGGUGUGAAACCUUGAACAAUCCUCUUGGUGGAUGGAGAAAAACCUCCUGGACGUGAAUCCAGGAUUUGCUCUUCCCAAAUGUCUGACUUGUAGAGCAGCUGGUGGAGGGCAGGAUUGGACGGGUGGAGGCACCAGAGCUGGAGAUGAAGACUGGGAUGUGCUUGGAGCUCUGGAAGAGCCCCUGGAAAGAGAACUAAAAGCUCUUACAGAGCUGAUUUGUGCAUCUCAGCUGAAGUCUGCCCAUAGUACAAACAACCAGACCAGGUUGUCCCUGUCCACAGUGUCCCUGAUCUUUAAGGUCCCUUCCAACCCAAAUCAUUCUAUGAUUUUAUGAACCAGCAGUCCAAAUAUCUUUUCCCAAAUGUGGGCCAAGCUUAGUUCUGGUGGCUGCUGAGCCAGGCUGUGCUGCUGCUCUGCCUUUCAUCCCAGUGGAUUAAAACAAAACACAUGCUCAUGGCAAAGAGAAGAAAGUAAAGGUCUCUGUGAAGCUGUAUAUGAUCUUGCCAUAAUUUAGCUACUCAGCCCUCAGAUAUCAGGAUCUGAGGCCAUCUCUAGGAAAAUCCCAGACAGACAGAUCACUAGAUAAGAUUAAAGAGGAAGUAUUCUGUCUAUUUGCAAAUAUUUCUGUUACAGAUGAGUCUAAGCCACAAAGAUUGAAUCAAUACACAAACUUCCCCAAAGCUCAGGUGUAUUUGAAUUUGAGGUUUUGGUUACUGCAUAUGUAUUUAUAUAUAAACCUAUCCAUAUUUUUUGAGUCUAUGCCUGAAAGACAAAGGAAUUGUCCUGCUCAAUCAUGGGUUUUUUCUAGUCUGAUCAGACAUUUUUUUUCCUCUGCUGUGUUUAGCAAAAAGGUGAAAAAACCCCCAAUCAU